AUGUCAGAGCAUUUCCAGCGCCUUGCAAUAGCUGUAACGAAGCAAGUUCAGAAAGCUCAAGAGGAGGACGUGGUGCGCGAUCAUCGACGAGGCCAACCAGCUUUGGCCGACGUCAAGGAUGAGGAUUUGCGGGACCCAAGUAGUAGGAACAUUGCCUACUCAAUGAGCAAGAGAAAGAAAGGUGGCUUUCAAGACAAUUGGCUUGUUUUGCGUGAGCGAGUCUACGCAGAUGUCAAAUUUUCUGCACGAGCUUGCUGUGUCUCAAAGACAGCGACAGAAAGGCACAAUGAGCGUUCUCGGGCUAAGGCGAACACGAUCUUUGGAUGCUUUCUCCUAGACUACCUGACAGCUAUCGCUUUCCAUUGGACUCGAACCCCUCUAACUGGCAACUUCUCGAGGAAACGGAUUGGCAAGGUACCUUAUGGAAGACAACGCGACAACGCCGCUUUUGAGCCUAACCGAACUGUCAACAAUGAUAAAAAGCGCAACGAAUGA